AAUAACGGCGACAAGAGGACGAGGGCAGCGGCGAGAUCGAUCCGCGAGGGACGAGCGCGCGCGCGACGAUGAUGAUCCGCAAGAGAAUCUGCCCGCGGACCUUCAGCGACCUGCUGUCCAUGGCCUUCGUUCUCACGAUCGCGCCGCUCAUGUACUGGUUCGGGCUGUUUAUAGUGCUGCCGGGACUCUACGGGGACCGGAAUCCGUUGUACGCGCUCCACUUCACCCUGGGCAGCUUCAUCAUGCUCAACAUCGUGAGUAACUUCACGUACACGGUGAUGUGCGACACCAGCACCGGCGGGCGCGUGGUGCCGGUGAGCACCGCCCGGCCGGCCGACGGCUGGUGGCUGUGCGCGGCCUGCGAGUGCCUGUCGCCGCCGCGCUCCUGGCACUGCAACGUCUGCGACGGCUGCAUCCUCAAGCGCGACCACCACUGUGUCUUCACCGGCUGCUGCGUCGGCUACUACAACCACCGCUACUUCGUCAUGUUCCUCUGGUACCUGUUCCUCGGCGCGGCGUACGCCUUCUUCUACGGCAGCCUCUUCAUCUGGAGCACGCAGCCCUUCGAGUUCCCCUCGUCGAUCAUCAAGAUGGUCUUCCCCAUGGCGACCUUCUUCUUCGGCUUCGACAACUCCAGCGACCAGUUCUACCUGUUGCUCUACGUCGUGUCGGCGGUGGGCACCUUGUACACCGGCGUGCUGUGCGCCUACCACUUCAGUCUGAUCCUCAGAGGCGUCGUGGGCAACGAGAGCAACAAGAAGGACUUCACCUACGACAUGGGCUGGAGGGACAACAUCAGAGAAGUCUUCGGCGAGCGGUGGUACCUGACGUGGCUGCUACCUUACAUAAAGUCGCGGCUGCCUCACGACGGAGUCUCCUGGCACCACUUGUGCUCGAAGAAGGAUUGAACUUGGCAUUCCGCUGAGACUCCUUUCAAACCGCGGAAUGCGUCGAAUGCAUUUGCAUUGCCUGUGAUUGAGAGUAUCGGGGAUACUUUCGACGGCCAAAGAACCAAGCUUUGACUGCUGGAAAGACUAAGCUCUUUUUUAUCCACAGGAUACUAGUUGAAGUAACCAAUUGGUAAUCCACUGUACUUCGAACUGUAUCGUCCACUCUACACAGCUGUCGUAAACAAGAUUUAUAUCGAAUAGGCAGUAUUAUAUAGUUUUAUUCAGUUACAUAUACAAAUAAUUGCAUAUUUCUUUGGCACGCUUAACAUUACAUUAAUAGUAUCAGUGCUAAUUGUCUCUUACAUUGAAGCUGAACGAACGCAUCGAAAACUUUCCAGGUUCCUCCUGAUCUUAAUUGUUUAAUGCUUCAUAUAUAUUUUCUGGAGAAAGCUUUGAUUUGAAGUAUUUAUAAAGCGUAUCACUCGUUACUGUUUUGAAACACUGCGAAGUAUUUAAUUGUAUAGUUAUACAUUUAAUUGUACAUUACAUUUUAUUAGAAAACUGUACAUAAGAAAGACAACGGCUUAUAGUAUACAUAAUCAGUAGGGAUAAUUUUGUCUGGGUGCGUAUUUACAAAUUAAAGGAUCGACUUUCAUCGGC